AUGUCAGCAUUUAACACAAAUACUGCCAUUAGUUUUACAAACAACAAUAAUAACCCUCAAGGAAAUGAAAUAGAAUUUGAAAGAAUUUCUCAUACACUUAAUUCAUUGAUCAAACAUUUUUUACUUGAAAAUGUAAAUAAUUUCAAUGGUAAAAAUUUAAAAAAGAACGAGAUUACACUACAGCAAAAACGAAUUUUUGAUUAUUGUAUGAGGAUUUUGGGCAGUCGAAUGACACCCUCUAUAGUUAAUGAUGAAGUUCAUAUAUCAGAUCUAAUUAAAAAAAAACUAAUUCGUGAUGAAAAUCAGUCCUCUUCAAAGGCUUUACGGUUUACUAAUUUAUUUUCAAAACUACAAUCCAAGAAAAUUAUAACACAAAAAUGGGGAAUUCUAUACUUUUUAUUAUCAAUUAGUGAUCAAGCCGGAAGUGAUAAAAAUCUUAAAUUAGUGAAUACUACUCCUAUAGAGCAAAUGUUUUCACAUCCGAAUAAAGAGAUUUCAGAAGCACAGUUAUUAAGAGAUAUCGUGUUUGUACUUCAAGGAAUAGAAGGACAACAUAUUAAAUUUGAAAAGGGAUCCUCUUCGUAUAUUAUUGAUUCAAAAAUGACAAUUACUUAUUCAACUCGUGAUCUUUUGCAUAGACUUACAGAAUUGGGAUGGCUUUAUCGACGAGUCAACGAGUAUGUAAAGAUUAAUUUUAAUGAUCCUUCUAUUGGCUUAGUUGGAGGAUUUGGUGGCCCAGGUCAUCAUCAUAAUGAAGGAUUGGAAGAUGUUGAAAUUGAUUAA